GGGAAUUCUCUCUCCAUGGCACUGCCCCCGCUAUUUCCGCUGGGGAAACGGAAGUCCCUCCCCAAUGCCGGAAGUGCAGCGGCCUCACUUCCUCAGAGUCUCUCCAGACGCGGAGUAGAUUGGUUUCCGGCCCCGGGUGGGCGCGGACUUGGUUCGGUGCGCGCUCCGGAGCUGUGUCCCGGGAGCGCAGUCCGGCGGGCAGCUUGCGCGGGGAUCCGGGACUGCGGCCGCGCGAGGAGAGCGCCGAUCCGGGUGCCAGGCAAGUGCAAAGCCAUGAACGGCACGGCGAACCCGCUGCUGGACCGUGAGGAGCACUGCCUGCGGCUCGGGGAGAGCUUCGAGAAACGGCCGCGGGCCUCCUUCCACACCAUUCGCUACGACUUUAAGCCGGCAUCGAUAGACACAUCCUGCGAAGGAGAACUGCAGGUUGGCAAAGGAGAUGAAGUCACCAUCACGCUGCCGCACAUCCCUGGGUCCACCCCGCCAAUGACGGUGUUCAAAGGGAACAAGCGGCCGUAUCAGAAAGACUGUGUGCUCAUUAUCAACCAUGACACUGGGGAGUACGUGCUGGAGAAGCUCAGCAGCAGCAUUCAGGUCAAGAAGACAAGAGCUGAGGGAAGCAGUAAAAUCCAAGCUCGGAUGGAGCAGCAGCCUGCCCGUCCCCCACAGCCUUCACAGUCGUCACAACCGCCCCCUCCACCUCCGCCCAUGCCGUUCCGAGCCCCGAUGAAGCCUCCAACUGGACCCAAGACUUCUCCGGUGAAGGAUAACCCCUCACCUGAGCCCCAGCUGGAUGACAUCAAAAGAGAGCUGAGGGCCGAGGUCGACAUUAUUGAGCAGAUGAGCAGCAGCAGUGGGAGCAGUUCCUCUGACUCAGAGAGCUCCUCCGGAAGUGACGACGACAGCUCCAGCAGCGCAGGCGAGGACAAUGGCCCACCCUCUCCUCCUCAGUCCUCACACCAGCAGCCCUACAACAGCAGGCCUGCAGUGGCCAACGGAACCAGCCGGCCCCAAGGAAGCUCUCAGCUCAUGAACACGCUCAGAAAUGACCUGCAGCUAAGUGAGUCUGGCAGUGACAGUGAUGACUAGCACCAGGCUUUUGAAAUCUGCUUUCUGGUACGCGAACAUGGUGCAAGACUCAGCUACGUCUGCCGGGACCACGAGCCACAGGAGGAUGUUGCGGAUCAGAGCCAAUAGGAGUUAAGGCCUGGAAACACUCAGAUACUCAGUCUUUAACGUGGUGGUGGUGGGUGAUUUUCUCAUGUAAUUUUUGAACAAUCUCUUGAUUCAGAGUUUAAGUAUAUCUAUAGGAGAACUAACAGAAUUCUGUUUUAUUUGGGUAACAUUGUUAAGGAAAAACAGGCCAGUGUACCCUGGUCUAGGACACUCAAAGUCUAUCUCCCUAGGCCAGUAAUUCAGCAGCCCUCAGUUUGGCUGGGUGAUCUCUAUCACUCAAAUACAAGUCUUUUAAGGGUAUGGAAAGAAAAGAGAUCCUCAAAUUGUGUCAUAGAAAUACAUUAAGACCACUUUACAGUGUUGAUACAAAGUGGUAAGAAGUUUUUUGACCUAGUUUGACAAGACCAUAUAAGUUGGCCUUGGGAAGAGUCUUUAGGUCAUUUGGGGGCGGGUGGUGUGUGUGUGUGUGUGUGUGUGUGUGUGUGUGUGUGUGCGUGUGCGUGUGCGCGUGCGCGUGCGCGUGCGUGUGCGUGUGUGUGUGUGUGUGUGUGUGUGUGUGCAUGCGUGCGCUGGAGAUCCAACUGCUUAGUUCAGCACAGCUGGAAAGGUGCAGCACACAACAGGAAGCGGCCAGUCACCUGUCCCUGGGCAAGCUUGCUCACUACUUCCUCGUUGGAACCAUACUCACUGGCUUCAGAUUCUUCUGCAUGGAACUUUCUAUCAGAUUCCAAAAGACAAAAGCAUUGCUGGCAUUCAGCUUGGAUUCAGACCCAGGCAGUUCCAGCACAUUCGAGGCAGAGUGAGCAGAUCCAGCAGCCACCACCCGCCAUGCUGACAUCCACAGCUCAUCUGAGGCCUUUGCCUUCAUGCGUAUCCAUCCCUAGGUUCCAUCCCUAGGUUGUUCUUCAUCCCCAGGAUGGUAGCCGAGGGUAGGAGUCAAAGAGGACUGUGGUGAAGAGCCUCUGAGCACGUUAACAGCAGCAGGCCUCCACAGAUGAGAAUCCAGACAGGGUUGGGCAGGAUGGCGCAGUCUUUGGGAGCUGUUUGCUUUUGGGCCACUGUUUGUACCUGGCUCCCAGUCUGGUGCGGUGUUUUCAUAGAAAGAGAAUCACAAGAUUGCCUUUUACUGUGUGCCAUUUCCAAAUGAAUGUUCUUGCUGGAACCUGGUCACUAGUAGGUUCCACACUGAGGAAGUAUGUGGUGACUUGUGUGUCGCUGCCCCUCUCUGUAGUCUGAAUGAAUAUAUCUUAGGAGUCCCUAUCUUCGCUCUAAGACAUUGAUAAUGCUGUUCUUUCCUCGGGUUUCUCCACUCGCCCCUUUCUAGUGGAGGAAGGUGGUCUGGACCUAAAAAGGAAGUGAGUGGUCCACAGUGGGGCCUUAGGUCAUAUAGGUCAGCUGUGUGGUCACGCACCAUAUAGAUCAACUGAUCCACACAGAGAUUGAAGUGAGCUGAGGGGGGCAGGGGCCCCCAGCACAUCUACACCUCUCUGCACAAGUUGAGAUGCAGAGUGUGCACUAGUGCCUGUGCUGUCUCGGCCCACUGGGAGGUGCUCAGUACAUCCACUGGCAGGUGGGAGCCUAUUUAUAGCAAACUGAUAAUUGCUUUAUAAUCUUUGGUAAUGAUAGCUCAGGGAAGGUGAAGGUUAUGAGUGGGUGACUUGAAUUGUCACUAGAUGUGGGAAUUGAAUUGUUUUACUGCUCUUAACCUGUUCAAACUGUGGCAGGUUCCAGGAACUUGAACUGAAAAUGCCUAUUUAAGACUCCCCUUGCCCCGCUUUUUUUCAAGAGCGUUGGUUUGAGGAGACAGAACUGGUGUCUUGGCAUGCUAGUCUGUGACUGUGGCCAUAGGAAGUACUUACAAGUGGCACUGGGCUUGGUAAGUGGAGCUUUCUGUGCCUCUGACUACCCAGUCGCCUGGCCUGCCCAGCACCACGUCAUUCUGUCGAUGGUUCCGCUCCAGCUUUUGCUCUUGGCACAAAUCCUUCGGAGGUUCUUUCCGCUUCCCCCACCAGAGUAAGAAAGCCAUUUUUGGAAAUCCAGAAUGUAGCCUCCCAGAUGGCUUCUCAGGGGUAUCCUUGUGCCAACCAAAGGACUCCCUUUCUGUCGCUGUGCCUUUGCUGUCCCCUCCUCUUCGCCCACUCUAAACCUCUCUCCAGAGCUCCUCAGGCACUAUUUCACAAACUUCAUUUCUUUGAGCCUAUGGUGUACAUGCGAACUACUGUUCCACCUUGUCUCGGUUGGUAUUAGCGCCUCAAAAGUAGGGGCUGUCGUCUUGGAACUAGACGUGCAGGUGCUACUCUGGUUGGGGAAGAUACGGAGACAACUCCCCAUGAUGGAGGGUAAACGGGGAAACAUUCCAGACACUGAGACAAAGCUGGAUUCUGUACACAAUACCCAUGCAAGUCUCUACUGAAUCUGUAAGUUACCUUCUAUUUGCUCUAUGCAAUGUUCACUUGGGUGAGGUGGACUCACUCUACAGAGAUGCCAUGGCAAUCCUUUGAAAAACAUUGGGAAAAUGCAAUACAGAGAAACUAGAGAUUUGUAAUAAUGCCACUUGUUUAUUUCUGUAGCAGAAUAGUUUUCUCUGUGGGUGAUGUGCUGUAGUAAUAGGGAAACUUGAAAAUUCCAAAGUCCUUCCCUUUUUUGAGAGACUGAUUUUGUUUGUGUGUGUGUGUGUGUGUGUGUGUGUGUGUGUGUGUGUGUGUGCAAUAUUUAUUAAUUAUUUUAAAAGAGAAUUGUUUUGUAGAUAAGUAUUAAGAACAGCCAAACUGGAUCUUUCCAUUUGGCAAGGAACAUAAACUUUUUGAAACUCAGGCCUUAACCAGUAGCUUGGAAGAGAAGACCAACUCAAGUGUUAGGUACUGUGUGUUUUUGUUUCCUGUUAUUUCUGUCUUAGAUUCCUUGUGUCCUUUAAUGAUAUUUAAAAUCUUGUGCCUAAAAAUUUAUUUUGCUUAAUUCUGAUGUAGACAUGCAUGUUUACAUUUAUAUAUAAUAUUUUCUGUGUAGUUUCCUCUCUUUCAAGAUGAAUAUAUUUAAAUAAAAAUGAAGGUCAGCAAUA